GCUGCCCUGCGUGACACAGCUGAUGGCUGCUUUCCUUCAGGGAUGGGACCCUACUGCCAAAAAGCAGUGACCGUACACCACUGGGACUCUGCUAGCAGCCAGCACCAGGCACAGCCAGGCCAGAUGUGAGUUUCAAGCUCUCUCCUUUGUGUGUGGAGUCUGAGCCCGUGGUUCUGCUAUAAAGGGUUGGUCCAAGCCUGAGUAUAUCAAGCUUCAGAAAAAGCAAGAAGCUGGAAUUAUUACCUCCACCAGCACGGUGCUUGAGUGCUUGAGGCAUGCUAGCAGCAAGUCUUCUCUUUUGUAUUACCUUCUGCUAAGAUCUGAUGGCACAUAAGCCUUGCUGCUCUCUCAAAUAGAAACCAAGUUGGGUGCUUUCAUCUGCCCUCUUUUGAAUUGUAUUGAUUCCAAUUACAAGCCAGAAAGCAAAAAUGGAGGAGAAUUCCUCACCACUCUGUGUCACCUGUGGCCAGGCACAUUUACCGGAGGAAAACCACUUGUACAGCUACACUGAGGAAGUAGAUGAUGAUCUGAUCUGCCACAUUUGCCUGCAACCUUUGCUUCAGCCGUUAGACACGCUCUGUGGUCACACCUUCUGCGCUGCCUGCCUUACAAACUUCCUCUUGGAAAAAGAUUUCUGCCCCAUGGACCGCAAGCUGGUGGCUCUCCAGAACUGCAGGAAGUCCAGCAUACUGGUGAAUAACCUUCUGGACAAGCUAAUGGUUAGCUGUCCUUUCACAGAACACUGCUCAGAGGUUGUGCAACGCGGUCACCUUGAACAGCAUUUCCAAACCCAAUGCAAAGGAGCAUCCCACUAUGGCCUUACCAAGGAGCGGAAGCGGCGUUCCCAGGAUUGCUCCCCGGACCACAGCUCCAGCCUGGCAGUAGCUGCUUUGAGCCCUGAGCUUUCUGCAGCUGCAGCCAUCGCCUUAAUGACCGACGAGCCAGGACUGGUGAACCCAGCCUUCAGCCCCACCUCGGAGGACAGCCAGUCGGGUAGCGGCCCCAGGGACCUGCACUGCAGCAACCGCAACAGAACUCGACACUUUGAACGCUCCACUAUAAGAAGCAGAUCUUUUAAAAAAAUAAACAAGGCAUUCAGUGUUCUUCGAAGGACAAAAAGUGGAAGUGUGGUUUCCAACCAGGCUGACCAGGAAAGAGAGGCUGUUGGAAACUCUGUUGCUGGAGAAGAAGAUUCAGAAUGCUCCAUACCAAUCCCUGCAACAAAAACACAACACUCGGUGGAAAGACCUGCAAGAGUCACCAAAAACAAGACAGAAAAUUUACUUCUUUCUAGAUUCAGCAGCGCUUCAAUAUUUAAGGACUGGAAAUAUAAAAUGGUAAAGAAAGGUUUUCCCAGAUUGUAUCACCUGAUUCCAGAUGGUGAAAUCACCUGCAUUAAGAUCAACCGGACUGAUCCCCAUGAGAACCUGGCCAUUAGGAUUGUGGGAGGCAGCGAGACUCCUUUGGUUCACAUUAUUAUACAGCAUAUUUAUCGAGAUGGAGUAAUUGCCAGAGAUGGAAGAUUGCUGCCUGGAGACAUGAUACUGAAGGUGAAUGGCAUGGACAUCAAAAACGUGCCUCACCACUACGCCCUGUCCAUCCUGAAGCAACCCUGCCACGUGCUGCGGCUCACGGUACUGAGGGAGCAGCGGUACCGGUGCCGAAGCAGCGGGCUCAGCCUCGAUGCUCACUGCAGCAGGGAUGACAGCUUCCACGUCAUUUUGAACAAAAGCAGCCCCGAUGAGCAGCUAGGGAUAAAGCUGGUCCGCAGGGCCGACGAACCUGGCGUGUUCAUCUUCAACCUGCUGGAUGGAGGAGUGGCUGCCCGUGAUGGCCAGCUGCAGGAGAACGACCGGGUCCUGGCCAUCAAUGGGCAUGACCAUCGGUACGGCAGCCCAGAGAGUGCAGCCCAGCUGAUCCAGGCCAGCGAGCGGCAUGUCCACUUUGUGAUAUCGCGGCAGACCAGAGAGCAGCCCCCUGACAUCUUGCAGGAGACGGGAUGGAUUUACAGCAGCAGCCCCCAGCCCUGUCCUGCUGAGAGGAUCAGUGCCAGUAAGAGCACUCUUCACACUGUCACCUGUCAUGAGAAGGUGGUGGCUGUCAGGAAAGAUCACACAGAAUCACUGGGAAUGACUGUGGCAGGCGGAGCAACAAACCGAGAAUGGGAUUUGCCUAUCUAUGUGAUAAGCGUUGAACCAGGAGGAGUUAUCAGCAGAGACAGCAGGAUAAAAACAGGUGACAUCCUCUUGAACGUGAACGGGAUCGACCUGACAGGGGUCAGCCGGAACGAGGCUGUGGCCCUGCUGAAAAACACCAGCUCUUCGGUGGUGCUCAAGGCCCUGGAGAUGAGGACAUGUGAUGGCCGGGAACGCAGCGAGGCUGCCGAGCACAGCGAGUGGUCGCCGUCCUGGGUAACGUGGCUGGGGCUGCCCCGGUAUUUGUACAGCUGCAAAGAAAUUGUAUUACGAAGAAAUACAUCCGGGAGCCUCGGCUUCAGCAUUGUGGGAGGCUACGAAGAACACAGUGGAAACAAACCUUUCUUUAUCAAAUCCAUUGUUGGGGGAACACCAGCAUACAACGAUGGAAGAAUCAGAUGUGGAGAUAUCCUCCUCGCUGUCAAUGGCAGAAACACAUCAGGAAUGAUGCACGCCUGCUUGGCAAGGAUGCUCAAAGAACUAAAAGGAAAAAUUACUCUCACGAUUGCCUCCUGGCCUGGCACUUUUUUAUAAAACAAAUCUUCAUGGAGAUCUCAAGAAGUAAUUUAACACAGAAGAAAGGCAAACAAAAACAAGAAACACUACAGCUGUCAGCCAUCUUUGCUUUUUGGGAGGCCAAAUAUGUGUUUAUAAAGAAAUGGUUUGUGAAAUUUCAACCUGCAUGUCAAGAAAAGCCAAGUUUAGACAAAGAAAAGGCACGUGUCAAAGAAUCACUUUAGAGUGAUUUAAGCUACAGACUUAAGUUAUUCCUUCCCCAUGUCCACAAGUUUUUUUUUUUUUUUUUUUUUUUUAUAUCUAUUUAAUGCAUUAUAAUAAUAAUGAAAUUCAGGGAGCAGCACCUCCUGCUCACCCACUUUAUUUUGAUUUAGGAAAAGAAAUCCCUGAAUAACCUGUGGAAAAAAUCCUUGCAAUUUUUCUAAUUGCAAAAAUCAGGUCAAGAUUUUUAUCCAACACAUGAAUAGCACUUUGGUUAUGUGUACCUUUUUGGGUCAGCAUGAAGCUGAUAUUUUGAAGACUUUCAAGUACCCUUUGUUAUUCUGUAAAACUGUGAGUUUCUAAAAUUAUUAAAAAUAACUGUAACUGUGUACUUGUACAGAUGUUAUUUGCAUCCAAAAGAAAAUGAACCGGUACCCUGAUGACAAGGUGUAACUUCUGCUGUGCUGCCGUACCAAUCUCACUUGUCACUGUGCUAGAAGGUAAAAAGUGAUGAUGGACUUGUUAUUUUUUUCUUAAAAUAGUUCUUUGCCUUUCUCUGCAAGAUGCUCAUUUUUCAAAGUCUUAUUUUUUUUUCUCCUAAAAGCCAGCAAUGCAGAGAGGCUGUGUUUGUUCAUCUUUAUCACGUUAGGCACAGCUGUCCCCGAGCACGGAGACUAAAAUGAACUUUCUCUUAAGCCACUGAAAAGCAGCAGGGAUGAUUAUCCAGUUUAAUUCUUCUUUACACGCCCACACAAACCAGAUGUAAUUACCAAGUGUAUGAUCACACUCACUCACUCACUCAGUGUUCCCUCAGACUGAGGACAGUCUGCACCUUUCCCCUUCCCUCUUGUUCUUGUUCUCAUUACGCUUCAGCAUAAAGCUCUUGAAGAGUCUGCAAUUUUCUUCCUGUCCCUGCAGUAAAGGACGAUCUUUUCAAAUGUGACCUCCAAAAGCGAUACUGAACUCACACUGUUCCAGAUGUUGGUGUAUAAUAAAGUGAGUGCACACUGCUUCUAAAGCCAGCAGAAGAAUGACCUUCCCACCGGCUCACGAAAAAAGGAGACAAUCAAAUACAAAGAGUUUGAAAUCCCUACACGUGUUCAAAGAGCACCAUUUUCAAGCUGUAAGAUGUUUUCGCGAUGCUUCUUAAAAGUGAAAGUCAGCCCAGGAAUCUUAAUCUGAAAAAUUUAUUCUUUU